CUCAGAUCAUAAUGGCAUUACUCAUAUUCGUAAUUCUCUUCCUCUCCAUCAUUUUCUUGUUUCUUCUCAAGAAAAACAAAAUCUCUAAAAGAGCUUGUUUCCCUCCUGGCCCCAACGGUCUUCCCUUGAUAGGUAACUUGCACCAGCUUGAUAGCUCAAACCUUCAAACGCAUUUAUGGAAACUAUCUCAAAAAUAUGGCCCCCUCAUGUCCUUAAAGCUAGGUUUCAAGCGAACCCUCGUAGUCUCUUCAGCCAAAAUGGCUGAAGAGGUACUGAAAACCCAUGAUCUUGAAUUUUGUAGCAGGCCUCUCUUGACUGGCCAGCAAAAACUUUCCUACAAUGGUUUGGACGUGGCCUUUUCACCAUAUGGUGCUUAUUGGAGGGAGAUGAAAAAAAUAUGCGUCGUUCAUCUCCUCAACUCGACACGAGUGCAAAGUUUUCGUACCAACAGAGAAGAUGAGGUAUCGCAUAUGAUUGAAAAAAUUUCCAAAGCAGCUCUUGCUUCUAAACCCCUCAACUUGACUGAAGCAAUGCUGUCUGUUACAAGCACAGCCAUAUGCAGAACUGCCUUCGGAAAAAGGUACGAGGAUGGAGGAAUUGAAGGAAGUAGGUUCCAUGCGUUGCUUAAUGAAACUCAAGCCCUGUUUACGAUGUUUUAUCUUUCUGAUUAUUUUCCAUACAUGGGAUGGGUUGAUAGACUCACGGGACGUGCCCAUCGUCUUGAAAAAAAUUUCAGAGAGUUUGAUGUUUUCUACCAAGAAAUUAUUGAUGAACAUCUUGAUCCAGAGCGACCAAAGCCAGACCAUGAGGACAUACUUGACGUUUUGCUUCAAAUAUACAAGGAUCGCACUUUUAAAGUUCAACUAACGCUUGAUCACAUCAAAGCAAUUCUAAUGAACAUAUUUGUUGGUGGGACUGAUACAGCUGCUGCUGCUGUGAUUUGGGCCAUGAGCCUUCUAAUGAAAAACCCUGAAGCAAUGAGAAAAGCUCAAGAAGAAGUUCGAAAGGUGAUAGGAGAUAAAGGUUUUGUGUACGAAGAUGAUGUUAAACAAUUGCCUUACCUUAAAGCUGUGGUUAAAGAGACCAUGAGAUUGCAACCAACAGCACCACUACUAAUCCCAAGAGAAACAACCAAGGAGUGUUACAUAGGUGGGUACGAAAUACCAGCCAAGACCUUAGUUUACGUGAAUGCGUGGGCUAUUGGAAGGGACACAGAAGUUUGGGAGAACCCAUAUGUGUUCAUUCCUGAUAGGUUCCUGGGCAGUUCUAUUGAUUUGAAAGGAAAUGAUUUUGAGCUUAUACCAUUUGGUGCUGGUCGAAGAAUUUGUCCUGGGAUAUUUAUGGGAAUUGCCACUGUGGAGCUUGCACUUUCUAAUCUUCUCUACAAAUUCGACUGGGAAAUGCCUAGUGGGAUGAAGAGGGAAGACAUAGACGUCGAUCAUACGCAACCCGGUCUUGCUCUGCAUACGAGGGACGCUCUCUGCCUCGUGCCUAAGGCCUAUGCUGUGAUGGGCAAAGAUGCGUAAAGGAAUUGUGGGCAUCAUCAAGAAAUCGGCCCAUGGUCAGUAGUUUUUUUGUUUUUUGAGGUUUG